ACUUUGCCGAAUCGAGUUCAUUUAGCAGACUGCGUCACAUGAAUCCCUUUUUGAAACGGUUCAUGAAUAAAUACUUUAGUGUAUGAAUAAAUACUUUUGUAACACCGCUAUGACUCGGUGUGUAUUACUUUACGCAUUCCUGGUGCUUGGUACAACACUGACUUCGGCUCUUAUAAGGGUUCCUCUUCAUAAAACCAGAAGCCUGCGGCGUAUUUUGAGCGAUAAUGGCAAGUCCCUGGAGGAGCUGCGCGUUAUGGCACAGUCCUCACUGGACCACUGGACACCCGCUCCAAAUUUGCCCGUGGAGAGGCUGACAAACUUUAUGGAUGCUCAGUACUUUGGAUCAAUUAGUAUUGGUACUCCUCCACAAGAAUUCACUGUCCUGUUUGACACCGGCUCAUCCAACCUCUGGGUUCCCUCUGUCCACUGCUCCUUUUUGGAUUUGGCCUGCUGGGUCCAUCGUCGCUACAACUCAAAAAAGUCAAGUACCUAUGUUCAGAAUGGCACACAGUUCUCGAUCCGUUAUGGCCGAGGCAGCUUGUCUGGCUUUAUCAGUGGAGACACAGUUUCUGUGGCUGGUUUGCCUGUGCCUAAACAGCAGUUUGGUGAAGCAGUUAAACAGCCUGGCAUCACGUUUGCAGUGGCCCGCUUUGAUGGAGUCCUGGGCAUGGCUUAUCCUUCUAUAUCUGUGGCCAAAGUAACACCAGUGUUUGACUCCGCCAUGGCAGCUAAGCUGCUACCACAAAAUGUCUUCUCAUUUUACAUCAGCAGAGAUCCUCUAGCAGCUGUAGGAGGUGAGCUAAUCCUUGGAGGAACUGAUCCACAGUAUUACAGUGGGGAGCUGAACUAUGUAAACGUCACUCGAAAAGCUUAUUGGCAGAUUCAAAUGUCUGGGAUUAAUGUUGGAAAACAACUGACUCUUUGUAAAAGUGGAUGUCAAGCUAUUGUUGACACAGGGACAUCUCUGAUUGUGGGUCCUGUGGCAGAAAUCAGGGCUUUGCAUAAAGCUAUUGGAGCUCUGCCUUUAAUAAUGGGGGAGUACAUGAUUGACUGUAAAAAAAUCCCAGCUCUACCAGUUGUGUCUUUCAGCAUUGGUGGAAUUAUGUAUAACCUGACUGGAGAUGACUAUGUCAUGAAGGAAUCUCAGAUGGGAGUGUCUGUGUGUCUGUCUGGGUUCAUGGCCAUGGACAUCCCUCCUCCUGCAGGACCACUGUGGAUCCUCGGAGAUGUCUUCAUAGGGAAGUACUACACUGUUUUUGACAGGAGUAAUGACCGUGUGGGUUUUGCCCCUGCUAAAUAACUUGUAUCUUUUCCUUUAGUGUUAAACUGUAUAUUAAGUCCAGUGUGUUUUGAAAUAUCUUUUCACAAGAUGUCACUUUGUUUUAUGUUUUAGCUUUCAUGUCAUGUAAUAUUUGCAGGUUGAAAUCCAUGUUUAAUUGAUCGCACAAAAGGAAUUGUACAUUUAUUUAUGUGAGGCCACACAUGUAAUCUUUGUGCAUUUAAGGUGUUCUUUAAAAAUUAAGUAUAAUGCAGUAUACGUAAACAUUUCUAUGGUGAUAUAGGAAAUCAAAUUAAUUGAACAUAGUUGUUUGCAACAUUUAAUGUUGGUACCCCAGGGAUGAGUACGAGGCAACAGCAUGCAACACAGACCCACAGAGCAGUACAGAGCUUCUGAUGAACAUUUAAAUAAUGUGGCACUGUGUCCAUCACUCUGACAGUGCAAGCAGCAUGAUGUCCAGUCUUUAUAGUACAUACAAGCAGAAAUAACCCAUAGAAAAUAAAUGUUUCCUUUGGUUUACAAAUGUACAUUAAAUACAUUAAAUAAAGAAUAACCAGA